CAACCUCUCGUUGAGACUGUAGGUCCUGUCCAGCUUGUAUACGAAGUGACCCUCUGGGUGAAGAACAAGAGUUCUGAAUUGUUUGAACGGGGUAUUGCUGAGUUGGACAAGGAAGAUCUUCCUGCUUUGGAUAGCCAUGAGAGAUGUCUGGUUGAAGACAUGAGGUCUAUGGGUGUCCCUGAAGACGUAGACUGGUCCUCGUUUGGUUUGGGU